AUGACCUCCAGGCACAGCCGUAUGCCAAGUGAUGUCGACCGCGACCACCCCUUACCCCCAACGGGCCUCUCCAGGGCAACGCCUAUCUUGCCCCUCGGGAUGCCUCCUAUGACCAAGGAGGCCAAAGAGUCCAAGGAGCAGGCUGCUGCCUGGGAGACGUCGCUCAAUCGGAUCCUUCAAACUAUGCACAGCGACGACACUGCACGCUACUUGGCCUAUUUCAAAGCCAGAAUCGAAAUCGAGGAUACCUACAGUCGCGGCCUCGAAAAACUGGCAUCGCUCACCGUCAGCACCAGGGGUGGGUCCAAGAGCACGGGCAAUACAACCAAUGCAAGGGACGGACCGCAGGGGGCUGGUGGCAACAAUGGUGGUCAGGGCAAUAACAGCACCUUUGCUGAGCCCGAUGAGAUCCCGACAACCCUUCACAAAGCAUACGAGGCAUUGAUGGACACGACACUGCAGGUAUGCCGUCGUCGUCAGUCGUUCAUUCGCCUUCUCAAGAAUCUUGCUGGAGCACUUGCUGGAAUGAAGGAGGCACACGAGAAGCAGCGCAAGACCCAGAAGGAGAACACCAAGCCCGUCUUCCAACUUUAUGCGGAGCAAAGGCUUGUCACGGUCCCUAAGGCCAAGAGAAACUAUGAGCAACGUUGCAGGGAUGUCGAGCAAGUGCUUGCAAUUGAGGACGUUGAGCACCUGCCAGUCCGUGAGCGACUCAAGAACCUCACCAGCACAUCAGGCGCUGCAGGCAGAUUGGUUAAGAGUAAACGGGAUAUGGAAGAUGCAGAUGGCGAAUACAGGACGGCUGUGCAGACCCUGGAAGUGUUCCGCAUGCAACGUGAGAUGCGUUUCGAUACCGCAUAUAAGACUAUGCAAGGCAUGAUCGAGGAAAGAGGAGCCAAAUGUCGUCAAUGCCUUGAGGCAUAUGUCAACGAAGAACGUACACAGAUUGCAAAGAUGACCGAGGAAAUUGACCGGUUCUCGGUCGUCAUCAAUUGUAUCAAACCUGUUGGUGACAUGGAGCAGCUCAGCCUGUCCUUUUCCAAGGAUAUCAACUCGCAUCCGAAGACUGUCGUCUAUGAAAGCUACUACAAGCCCGUUCCUGAGAGUAUUUUCGGAAUGAGUUUGCAAGAAUACGUGGACAAGCACAAACAUCCUAUCCCUUUAGUCGUUAUCAAGUGUUCCGAAGCCAUUGACCGUGCAGGGCUGAACCGCGAGGGAAUCUAUCGUGUGUCAGGACGUCAUGCUCAGAUCAUGAACCUCAAGCGACUGUUUGACUCUGAUGAAGAAGGCAUAGACUUUACCAAUCCUGUCUACAACGAUGAUUGCACUUCGAUUGCGGCCGUCUUGAAGAUUUACCUUCGUGAACUGCCCCAACCUCUCUUCCCUUUUGCCCUCAACGAGCGCAUUGCCUACUCUUCUAUUCCGGACCGUAAUGCCAGACUGGGAGAGCUCAAGGGUCGUCUCAAGGCACUCCCUGGUUGCAACAUUGAUACUCUCCAGUUCUUGAUCGAGCAUCUCCGCAGGAUAUACGAUCAUGUGGAGACCAACAAGAUGACACUCGACAACCUGUCAAUGAUCUUCACACCCGCCAUCUUCCACGACUUUAACAGCGCAAUGGUACCAGGAGCCCAGGGAGGCGGUGGUGGCGGUGGCGCAGGAGGAGGAGGGACUGGAGCACAUGAUAUUGCACUUGCAGCACUCUCGUUCGCAUCCAACGCCUCCCUAUCUGCAUCUUCGCCUUCUUCGCCUAGCCCUAACUCUGCGCCAUGGAACUCUUACCCCUUCCCGCCUACUGACCAAGCGGCUUCCAAGGGUGGACAGCAACAAUUUUAUCCACAAAACCCUAACCUUGGAUUUGGCCACUCUUCAGGAACUGGAGGAGCUGUAUCAACAGGAAGGUCUUCACCUAUGCCCAUGACAGCUUCAGAAGGCUCAUCAUCCUCUUUACCACUCCCCCAACAUGGCAGUGGCAUGACGUCUGCAGCCGCAACUUCCCCACCACCACAGCAUCCAGCAGGAUUCACACCCGCCUCGACCGCCAACACAACAUCAACUGCCGCCAGUUGGAGUAACGACCUCGUUCUCUCAGAUUUGAUUCUCAACAGUGCUAGUGUCUUCAACGUCCUCCCCAAACUGCCAGCCCGCACAAACUCGGCCUACUCGAUAGCAGCAUCCUCCAUUUACUCCAACAGCGAGGAUCGGCACCUUUCUCUCGCAAUGUCUGGGACUACGCUUUCUGGAUCUAUUGUUGGUGGUGGUGGACCCGGCGGGAAUAAUGGGGUUUCGACGGCGAGGCCGUUCAGUAAUUCGAGGAAAUCUUCGGCUUCGAGUUUAGGCGUCCCCUCGUCGCCUAUUGAAGGAGGGAAUGGGCAAUUGAGGCCUAGGAUGGACAGUCUGCCCAUCCUUGCCGCGGCUGGUGCGGCUUUGGCGUCUUCACCCCCACCAUCACAGCAACGUCAGGCGGGCCAGCAGUACCAGUCCUACCCGCCGCCACCACCUGUCCAGCAACAGCAGCAGCAGCAGCAACAAUACCAACAGCAACAAUACCAACAACAGCAACAACAAUACCAUCUGCCAGCCCCGCAACCACAGCAGCAAUACGGCUACUCGGAUCAGCAGCGGCAACCCUCCCCUCCUUCGUCCAGACGGCUCAACUAUGAUCCCCAGCACCAGCAGUAA